AGGGGCUGGCGGGGGUCGCGGCCUCUGCCACCCCCACCCGAGCCAGCGGUGCUCCAAGCCCGCCUCCGAGGGCCCCCGAACCUUGUCCCCACCCCGGGGUCGCCCUUCGGGUCGGUGUGCUGUGGCCGGGUGUGCUGAGUCACUCGCAGCACUUUACCGGGCAGCUGGCGGACGUCGAUUGCAUUACGUUGGAAAUGCUUGUUGGGCCCUGAUGUGUAGGGGACGGUGCACACACGGUGGUGCAGGGGGCUGAGACGAUGAAUAGUAACUCAGUGUGUGCAGGGUCCUGGAGGACACGUGCCGUCGGCAGGACUUCAACCCCAACGAGUACGACCUGAAGUUUCAGAGGAAUGUGCUUGACCUCUCUCUCCAGUGGAGGUUCGCCAAUCUGCCCAAUAACGCCAAGCUGGAGAUGGUGCCCAUCUCCCGGAGCCGCGAGGGGCCUGAGAACAUGGUACGCAUCGCUCUGCAGUUGGAUGAUGGCUCCAGGUUGCAAGACACUUUCUGCUCAGGCCAGACACUCUGGGAGCUUCUCUGCCAUUUUGCUCAGAUCAGGGAGUGUCUGGACCGGCCGUGUGAGGCCAGCCCCGUCUGCGUGUACAUGAGAGAUGAGGUGACCGGCGGAGCCGCCUUGCAGAGCACGACGCUGCAGUCACUGGGCCUCACCGGGGGCAGUGCCAUCAUCAGGUUUUCCAUGAAGCCACACGAUUCCACUGGCAAGCAGGAGCCUGGGGUCUCCUGGAGCAAAAGCCCAGGAAGCCCGACCCCUUCCUUGUUGGCCGACCAGGCAGCCAGCAGCCCUCUGUUUCCACUGAAUUCAGCGGGGCUCAGCCAGGGCGAUGUGAGCCAUCAGGAUGAGGCAGCGCGCCCGGGGGCCGGUCGCGUGGAUGGCCUGGGCCCGAAGCCGGUGGAUGCUCAGGCGAAGCAGAUCUCGAAGGAGCCCACACCAGCCCCCUUUGUUCCUUUCUCGGGUGGGGGACAGCGACUGGGGGGCCCCUCCGGGUCCGUGAGGCCUCUGAUGUCAUCUUCAGCCAAACUGCCAAAGUCCUUCUCCAGCCCUGCAGGCCCCUCCCAGCCAAAGAAGUCGAGGCCUGGCCAGGAGCCCCAGCCGGAGCCGGAGCUGCCAGUGGACCGAGACCCCGUGGUGUGCCACCCUGACCUGGAGGUGCUGCUCCAGGCCUGGCCCGCGGAGCUGCCUGACGAGUUCUUCGAAGUGACCGUGGAUGACGUCAGAAGACGCUUGGCCCAGCUCAAGAGUGAACGGAAGCGCCUGGAAGAAGCCCCCUUGGUGACCAAGGCCUUCAGAGAUGCUCAGAUGAAGGAGAAGCUGCAGCGCUACCCUAAGGUGGUCUUGAGGGUCCUGUUUCCUGACCGCUACAUCCUGCAGGGCUUCUUCCGCCCCAGCGAGACCGUGGGGGAUUUGCGGGACUUCGUGAGGAGCCACCUGGGCAACCCCAAGCUGCCGUUCUACCUGUUCAUCGCUCCUCCAAAAACCAUCCUGGACGACCACACGCUGACCCUCUUUCAGCCGUCUCCUUUCAUCCGUCAGCUCGCCCUGGAGCCGUGGGGCCUCUGCUCGGAGUGGCGUCCCUGCCCGCCCGUGAUCAGAGAGCUGGCAGGGCUCAGGGAAGGAAGCCUUCCUCCCUCCUGCGGGCAAACCUCUUCCCUGCUGCCCUUGUGCACUUUGGACCUGAGGAGCCAACAGGCAUCUACCUGGAGCCCACGCUGCUGGAACACACCGUUUCCCCGUCUGCAGCUGACGUGCUGGUGGCCAGGUCCAUGUCCAGGGCCGCUGGAACCCCACCCCCGCCGCCAGCCCCUGACCCUGCGCCCGUUGAGUUGGAGCCAACUGCUGAGGAAGGGGCAGUGGGCCCCCCUGAGCCCAGCCCUGGGACGGCCCAGCCGCCAGCAAGAGGUGAGAGCCGCCAGCCCAGAGGUGCCACUCUGCCACCACAGGACCCCUGCCCACCCUGAGCGGGAAUAAACACGUGAACCUCUCUUGA